AUGGGUCUCAAAAGUUACUUCCUGCCUGGUGCGCCAGCAGCUCCGGCAGGCUCGACCUCUCCGUCACAGACAACUGCAGAUGGCAAUGCGCAGCCUUCUCGCCCAUCCGCUCUCGAGCACGCUCAUCACCUGCGUAAUCCCUCAAAGCACCUCAGGGCUCCUUCCAUCUCGGGAAAAUCGACACGAUCCCUGGCCAGCUCCAUCUUCGUGGAAGACAUCAGACACGAGGUCGUCGUCAACUAUCUCUACCAGAACCAGAUGGGAAAGAACUGGAUCGUUGAUGGCAGUGGCGAAGUAGAAGGAGCCCUCGUACGUCGGGCACGGAAUGACUAUGUUGCCUGCCCGGAUGGGCUGGGCGACUCGCCGUUUGCAUCCGCGAUCAUGACGCUCAAUGUCCCCUGUGCCAUGACUGUCAAUUCUCGUACCAUCAAGACCUUGUUGACAUGGUGCCCUGAGGCCGAAAAGGUGCCGAUGCUCAAUGGCCUCCAAGUUCAAAUCCUGCCUACAAUUCACGACCUCCCAAGAGCGCGCAAGCACCAAUACGCGGCCUUCAUUGCUUCGGAAGCCUUGUUGGUCGUCUGGGACGACGACCCGAUGCGCAUCUUCGACCGCGCGUGUAAGAUCGAGAACGAAAUCAUGGAGCUGAUCUAUGGAGGCAGCGACGACGAAGACGAUGACGACGCAGACGACAGCAUCGCCGAAAAGAAGAAGCAGCACGAUGUCACCGAGGUCGAGAUCGACGAGGAGAGUGGCCAGGCCAAGCCUGAAGCACGACCUGUUCACAUGAUCAACACGUACUUCGUGUCUGUCGUUCUCUGCCUCAUCACCGUCACCCUCGGUGCUGCCUGGCGGCAGCUGGCGAUCGCGACCAUGGUAGACCAAAACUACAUACGACUUUGCCUGGUCCUUCUGGGCCCCGUUCAAGUCUUCUUCACUCUCUUCUUCGCUCAGGUCAUUGUAGGCUGCAUCGCCCAGUGUGUAGGCCCCAUCAAGCAGCUCAAAACCAACUCCAAGUUCUACUCCGCAAAGCCGCCGCCUCGGUUGCGGUCAAACAUCCUUCCUCAUGUCACAGUGCAAUGCCCUGUGUACAAGGAGGGAUUGGCUGGUGUCAUCCUGCCGACCGUCCGAUCUCUGAAGAAGGCCAUCAGCACGUAUGAGCUGCAAGGUGGCUCUGCCAAUAUUUUCAUCAAUGAUGAUGGCCUGCAGCUUCUCAGCGAGGAGGAGCGGAGGGAUCGCAUUGAAUUCUACGCUGACCAUUCCAUCGGCUGGGUUGCGCGUCCUCGUCAUGGCGAGGACGGCUUCCUGCGUCGUGGAAAGUUCAAGAAGGCAUCAAACAUGAACUUUGCCAUGAUGAUCUCUUGCAACGUUGAGGAAAAGCUGGCUGCAGUCGAGAGAAACCCGGAAUGGAGCCAGAACGACGAAGCAGAGGCGUACGAGCAGGCGCUGAAGGAGGUCGUCCAGGAGAACGGCCGCGCUUGGGCUGAUGGAAAUAUCCGCAUUGGUGACUACAUUCUCAUCAUCGACUCGGACACCCGGGUGCCAGAAGACUGCCUCCUCGACGCUGUCUCAGAAAUGGAGCAGUCGCCUGAUGUUGGUAUCAUGCAGUUCUCUUCAGGCGUCAUGCAGGUUGUCCACACGUACUUUGAGAACGGCAUCACCUUUUUCACCAACCUCAUCUACUCUGCCAUCAGAUACACUGUAGCCAACGGCGACGUCGCGCCUUUCGUUGGCCACAACGCCAUCCUUCGCUGGAGUGCCAUUCAGCAGGUCAGCUAUUUCGACGAAGACAACUACGAGAAAUUCUGGUCAGAAAGCCACGUCUCGGAAGACUUUGACAUGUCUCUCCGUCUUCAGUGCGCCGGAUACAUCAUUCGCCUCGCCGCCUGGGCUGGUGAAGGAUUCAAGGAGGGCGUCUCGCUUACCGUUUACGACGAGCUUGCUCGCUGGGAAAAGUACGCCUACGGUUGCAACGAGCUGCUUUUCCACCCGAUCCGAACCUGGCUCUGGAGGGGUCCUUUCACACCUCUGUUCCGGCGCUUCUUGUUUUCCAACAUCCGUCUCACUUCCAAGAUCACUGUCAUUUCCUACAUUGGCACAUACUAUGCCAUCGGUGCGGCGUGGCUCCUGACAACGGUCAACUACUUCGCCAUGGGCUGGUUCAAUGGGUACCUUGACAAGUAUUAUCUGGACUCGUGGCAAGUGUGGUUCUCAAUCAUCAUCGUCUUCAACGGCCUUGGCAACAUCGGCUUGGCAGCGAUGCGCUGGAGAUCUGGCCAGGGCAAGCUGUUUGCCUGCUUGAUCGAGAACUUCAAGUGGACCUUGCUCUUCGCCAUCUUCCUUGGCGGUCUGUCUCUUCACGUCUCCCAGGCCCUGUUAGCCCAUAUGUUUGAGAUCAACAUGACCUGGGGCGCGACCGCCAAGGAGGCCGAGUUCUCCAACUUCUUCAUCGAGGUGCCCAAGGUGCUCAAGAAGUUCAAGUGGUCCAUGCUCUUCUCAUGCACCUUCAUCGCCAUCAUGAUCAUCUUCGCCAAGGCCCCUUUCAUCCCGUACGACUGGCGCAUCACCGACUUUGUCGCUAUCCUCCCCAUGAGCACCGUUGUCGCGAGCCACCUCCUGCUCCCGAUCGCCUUGAACCCUGCCAUUAUGGUCUUCUCGUGGUAG